UAAUCUGAUUAUAUUAUUGGCCAAAGUUGCUAGUAAGGCCAGUCACUGGGAAACUUUACGAUGUCUGGAAUUUUCACCCUUUCAGACUCCCAUGUAGGGCGAAUUUACAACGAGCUGAAAGAGUUGGGUUACGGCGACACCGGCGAUGUAAAAGUGGAGGACGUCAGUAGAUUCGACAGCCUACACUACCACGGUGUGCAGGCGGUGGACGAGGCCAUCCAGCGGUUCAACAUAGGCAAAGACACUCGCGUGUUGGAUGUGGGGUCGGGGAUCGGAGGACCGGCGCGGUACCUGGCCUGGAAGACGGGAUGUCACGUGACUGCUCUUGAGCUUCAGCAUGACCAUCACGUGACCGGGGAGGUCCUGACGAAGAGAUGUAACCUGAGUGAGAGGGUCCGUCACGUGUGCGGGGACAUUAUGGACAUCGAUUUGGGACACGGCAGCUACGAUUUGGUGACCAGUUGGCUGGUGUUCUGUCACAUACCGGACAAGAAAAAGGUCAGCGAGCAAUGUCUGCAGCACCUGAAACCGGGUGGCAAGAUGCUUGUAGAAGAUCUGUUUGCACUGGGAGACUUAUCGGAUGUGUCAGAAGACAUUCGGGCCAACUACUUCGAUUUCAUCAAUAUCCAGGACUAUAAACAACAGAUAUCGGACGCAGGUUUUGCCAACGUCCAGGUGGAAGACCUAACAGCCGACUGGAAAGCCUACGUACAGGAGCGGCUGAAGGCCCACAUCUCGUCAGAGGAGCGCCACGUGCGCGUCCAUGGCCGGCCCACGUACCAGGCGCUGCACGACUUCUACAGCUCCAUCGUCAGGCUCUUCACUAGCGACCGUGUGGGGGGAGGCCGGAUCUCUGCUGCAAAACCGGCAUAACUUAGCAUAUAAUGCUUGUUCCCUUUAUCCGCGCGGGGAUAACCUUUAUCCGAUGUU